AAUUCGAAUGCUAACAACUCGGCCCACAUUGCGAGAGGGCAAACAAGUGAAAAAUUGUUAAGAUCUCUCUUCGUCUUCUUUGGCUGCUGCGGGCAAAAUGUUAUUUCGAAAAAUAAUAGCAAACAUUGGCAACGCCGCUCGGGCGAUCAUACGAUGUUUUUCUUCUGUCAUUGGAUGGCCAGGAACUGGCGUGAUUUGAAGCUCCACCUCUUACUGUCUGCAUGCUGCAAUAAAUACAAAUUCGUCAGUCUUCUCGGUUUUCCAAUCGAAUACACGUCAUGUUUUUUAGUAGGUGAUUACCCACACACUGAAGACUGUUAUUGUUGUUUCCUGCCAUGGAUACGUCAAAUCGCGCCGAUGAUAUGGAUUUGGAACUGAACUUUCCUACUGAUUUAGGAGAGUUGUUUCCUCAUGAGGAUUCAGAACUUAUCGAUUUGGCUGGAGAAGAUUUGUUUUCAUCUUUUGGUCCUGUCUCUCCGCCAGCUCACAACUUUCACCAGCAGAAACCUGCUGUUCUCCAUCCUCCUCCUGUGGCAACCCAACCUCCCAUCAUUCCAGUUUCUGUUGUCGAAGUUAAACCAAUUCAACAAAGAUUGCUUCAGACAGUUCCAGUGACAAAAAUUGUACCAACAAUAUCACCUCAGCCUGUAUUGAAACAAGCUCCGAUACAGACAAAAAGUGUCCCCCAACACAUCCAGCCAGCCCAGACUGUAUUGGUAAACAAAACCAAUCCGCAGGGCACUGUUGGCACUCCAAUUCGAGUGGAUACAAGUUCCCUGGGUGUCUUGAUUCUUGGCAACACUUUUGGCUAUAAUAGUGUUGUCACUGUUCAACCAAAUGGCGGUAUUGUCAAUGUCAACCAAUCUGCUGUUUUAGGAUCAGCAAAUAUGUUUAAUGGCAAUUCUAAUCCACCAAGCCCAACUCAUGGGUCACCUGUCAUUAAGAAGAGUUCCCAUAAUGCCAUUGAAAGAAGAUACAGAAACAGCAUCAAUGACAAGAUACUUGAACUAAAAAACCUAAUUGCUGGUGAAGAAGCUAAGAUGAGCAAGUCUGCCAUCCUUAGGAAAGCUCUGGAAUAUGUGCGCUACCUCCAGCAAAUGAAUCAAAAGCUAAUCAAGGAAAAUAUGGCUCUAAAAAUGGCAUCUCAAAAGCAAACUGUCAAUGGUUUAUUGACAGCUUCGAUGGAUAGUCCUCCAAUUGACAUUACACCUCCAGGAUCGCUGGAAAAUUCGACGUCGGCCGAAUCGCCACCCAGCAGUUUUGGUAGCGGAUCUCCUUUAACUUAUGCGGCUUCGUCUGACGACGAGUUUACCAUUGACGGAAACAUGGUAUCGCCCGGAAAUGUGAUUGCUCAAUCGAUGCUGGAUCGUUCGCGUAUUGCCCUUUGCAUGAUGAUGCUGGCCGUGUUCGCAUUUAAUCCGUUCGGCAAGUUCCUGUCGCAUGCGGACUCUGCCGUCUCCCAUUACAACAAACCGUCCGGUCGUGUUAUCCUGGAAGCUGAUCCCCUCGAUCUCGGAGAUGAUUCUGGCUGGUUCCUCUCAUUUGCCGCUGUUGGGAUUAACAUUUUGGUUUUCCUCUUUGUCCUCCUCCGCACUCUUGUUCAUGGAGAGCCGUACAUUGAACGCCAGAGUAAAGCGGCUUCGCUCUACUGGAGACAGAGGAAACAAGCUGAUUGCGACAUGAACAAUGGAAACUACGUAACUGCAGCUACUCACUACCGGCAAGCCCUUUGCGCCUUAGGUCGGACAGUGCCCGUAUCUAAAGUCGAUGUUGUGGCUAGCGUCGGAUGGAAUUGUUGGCGUCAGCUGUUGCAUCGCUUCGGAUUUACCCGCUUUCUCAGCGGCCGUGUUGGCAAACUUUUCCUGAAUCGCGAUGAACGCCGAGUGGCCCGCGAGUUUCUAGCGGAAGCCGCCCUUUGUUUUCACAAACUUCACCAGCUGCAUCUUAGUCAGCAGGACGUCAUUGAUCCCAACAGCCACUACUGGUUCGAGCGCUAUCGUGGCUUGGCUUUAGCCCUGUCUGCUACAAAUCUCGGCGAAGCUGCCGGCCCUGCACUGAGUGCCAUGUCCAAGGCGGAUAUUUACAUUCAUCUGGCGUUACGAACGAAACACUCGUUUAGUGGGCGAGGUUUCUUGUGCGCUCGCUUCUAUUUAGCCCGCGCUCGCCAAAUCUGUCAGGCUCUCAACGGCAACGCCCCUCCCCGUCUGCAGUGGCUCUGCAGUCCGGCCGGCUAUCGUUUCUUCCUCAGUCAUCAUUGGGAGUACGACGAUUUCCCCUCGACUUUGUUCACCUCACUGGGCAACAAGUCUGAUCCUUUGGCUUUUACCAUGCAGGUCUAUCGUCAGCACGUCCUACAGAAAGCUCUAUUGACGUUAGUUUCGCCCGGUCGGCGUGUCGGUGAUGCCUGCGAUGUGGAACCUUCUCGCCGGGCGCAAACUGGCGACGCGUUGAGCUACUCCCAGCAGUUGAUGGAGAACGCCACUGCUGCAGUCUCGCCCAGUAAUGACUCCUCGCUUUUACCGCCUUCUACCAUUCAAGGACUGGGUGUCGGUGACGAAGUGGCCGGAUGGUGGGCCGCUGUCGUGGCUGUUGCUUCUUAUUGGCUCCUGUGUGAAGAGGACAAGGCAGAGCAAUUGCACGCUCGAGUUGAAGCUUAUCCCAAAAUGACGCAAGAGGAUCCUCUGCUGGAAGCCGUUUUAGGGGCUUACAGGGCGCGGCGCUUGUUGCUACGCGGCGCUGAUCCCACAUCCAUUAUUCAACAAUGCUCUCUGGCUGGUUGUCGUUUGAAAGAGUCUCUCCAAGUUUCACUUCACAAAAGCCCUCAACUCAUGGUUCAGGCUGCCCAAUUGCUCGUCAGCGAUUGGCUCUUGGAAACUCGCACAGCUUUGUGGGAAAAUGAUUUUGAAGGUCACAACAUGGAUGUCAAUUAUGUGGCGGAGCCCGCAGUUUUAUUGGGAUUCCAAGAGGACUUGUCUAGUUUGAAGAAACUAGUUCAGCACUUGCCCAGCACUUUGCCGAGAGUAUUUCUACAUGAAGCGACUCUGAGGAUGAUGGCUGGUGCAGCUCCUGAUCGAACACAACAGCUACUUGAUCGUACGCUUCGCUACCGCCAGAACAAACAGUCGGUCAUUUGCGGUAGCAAAGGUAAAAAUGCGUUCUUGGACGCCGGCGAACGAGAACAUGCUACGGCACUGUACAUGGCUUGUCGCCAUCUACCUGCUCCUCUGCUCUCGUCACCGGGUGAACGAGCUGGAAUGUUGAUUGAAGCAGUUCGAACGCUGGAACGUAUUGGGGAUAAGAAACGGUUACAAGAUUGCUACACGUUAAUGAAAGCAAUUGGUACAUCCAUUUCAACUUAAUUUACUUCAUGUUAUUAAUUAUAUCUAAUCAUCUGUGUCCCCAUCAAUUCAUUAUAAAAUACCAAAAUUUCGCCGAAUAGACUAUAAAUCGUAUGACGAAACACCUGAUGAGUAAUAAUACAACCAAACCUCUUUUUGUAAAUGCACUGAUGUACGGUUGAAGACUACGCAUACGCAUUUU